UUUCCCUCCGGUGUUUGACAGUGAGCUUCAGCUGAGAAGUGAUUUCAUUUUUAUUGACUUAUUAUUUACCAUAAAUAUAUACAUUUUAGUUGCUUUUCGGCAACAUUAACCUCCUUUAGCCCACUGUCGACGAGCCAAAGAUACAUUCGGGCUAAACUUAGCCAACUUUGCUGUCGAAGUAGGUUAAAGAGAGCGACGUCAACUCGUGAUGGCUCCGGAGAUAACCGCUCGAUUCGUCUGUCACCAUGAGCUCUGAGAAGGACAUGCUGCUGAAGGAGUAUGUCAAGAUGAUGACUGAUAUGAUUGUGCUGUGUGCCACUUUGGCACUCUCCCUCUUCUUCUGGGUCCUCUCCCUGUCCAUCAGCAACUACUAUGGCACCCUGCAGCCUGUGUCACCAUGGCGGUGGCUGCUCUCCAUCCUGGUUCCCCUCGUGCUGAUGAUUCGGGCGCUGAAGAGACGCAGUUUGGAUCGCACAGGAGCCCUGGGAGCUCUCCUGGUGGGAUUUGUGUUGAUGAUGGCCAACUACAGCUUCUUCUCGUCUCUGCUGGCCUUCUUCAUCAGCUCCUCCAGACUCACCCGCUGGGGAGGAGCACAGAAGAAGAAAAUAGACGCAGAGUACAAAGAAGGGGGCCAGAGGAACUGGGUUCAGGUCUUCUGUAAUGGAGGAGUUCCCACAGAGCUGGCUCUGCUGUAUAUGAUAGAGGUGGGUCCAGGUGAGAUCCCCAUCGAUUUCGGUAAACAGUACUCUGCUUCCUGGAUGUGCCUCUCUCUGGUGGGCGCGCUCGCCUGCAGCGCUGGGGACACCUGGGCGUCAGAGGUGGGACCUGUGCUCAGCCAAACACAGCCUAGACUCAUCACCACCUGGAAGGAAGUCCCAGCAGGAACAAACGGAGGAGUUACUCCUGUCGGACUGGUCGCCAGCUUCCUCGGUGGACUCUUGGUGGGCUUCGCUUACUUUGUAACGCAGCUUCUAUUGAUCAACGACCUGCACCUGGCGGACCCCCAGUGGCCGAUCGUAGUUUACGGCGGUGUGGCUGGCCUGGUGGGAUCGAUGCUGGACUCUUUCCUGGGAGCUCACAUGCAAUACUCAGGCUUCGACUCGAGCAUCGGGAAGGUGGUGAGUUACGAGUCCGCCACCACCCAGCGGAUCUGUGGGAAACCCAUCUUGGACAACAACGCGGUCAACCUGUUCUCCUCCGUCCUCAUCGCCCUCGUUCUGCCCGGGCUGGCGUGGGGGCUGUGGCCGCGAUAGACUGACCGCUGAUUUUCCAAACCAGUUGAGUUGUCUGUUGCUUAUUAUUGGUGGCAAAAGCAUCUGCACACUGAUCAUACUAACACAACACACACUGCCUGUAUUAUUAUGAUGGACGGGCUUGAGAGGCUCUGAUCAUUAUUAAAAAGAAAAAAAAAAAAAAAGCAUUAAC